AUGCUUGAAGGAGAUGCAGACAAGCAAUAUGCAAAUUUAAGGAGAUAUGUUGUAGAAUUACAUAGAGUGAAUCCUGGGAACACUUUGAGUAUCACUGUAGAAAGACCAAGUCCUUCUAUUCAGCCAAGGUUUGGUUCCUUUUAUUUUUGCUUUUAUGGUUGUAAAAAGGGUUUCAUUGAUAGUUGUAGACCCUUUGUUGGAGUUUAUGGUUGUCAUCUAAAAAUAAAGUAUGAGGGUCAGUUAUUAAUUAUUGUGGGUAGGGAUCCAAUUGAUCAGUAUUUUCCUUUGGCCUUUGGGGUGGUUGAGACUGAAACCAAAGAAAGCUGGAGGUGGUUUCUUGAGUUGCUGAUGACAUAUGUAGGCCAAGACAAUAGAUUCGUGUUUAUAUCUGAUCAACAAAAGGGUUUGGUAGUUUUGUUUGAGGAGAUGUUUGAAAGGAUAUAA